UUGUGAGAUAGUCUCGCAGGUAUAAUCAUGAAUCCACAUACAAUUUCAUGAUGGCUACCUCGGCGACUCUAACCAGAACGGAGACAUGGGGUCUUUUGCUCCUUGUCGGAGCCUCUAUUGGCAUCAUCGUCAAUACUCUGAAGGGCGACGGCGAGCCCUUGAUUGCUUCACUUGCAUUUAGUGCGAUCGCAUUUGCUGCAACGUAUAGCCUGAUAAGGUGGCUUGGUCCAGUAUUCAUGAAAGCCGGCUUAAAGGGGAAGGACAUGGCCAAGCCUCGAAAACCUGAAAUACCAGAAACUAUGGGCGCCGUCUGUGCCGUGGUAUAUCUGUUGCUUCUAAUUGUCUUCAUACCUUUUCCAUUCUAUAAAUAUAUUGUCGCAGCUACUUCAGGGGGAGGGAAUAGGGACGUGGUCUUUGAAGUCCAAGAAGUUGAGACAGGCCGUUUCCUUCACCGAUUCCCUCAUAGCAAGCUCGCGUCCUAUCUGUCUGGUCUACUCUCAAUACAGUCCAUUGUUAUCCUCGGAAUCGGAGACGAUUUGCUGGACAUCCGAUGGCGGCACAAAGUCUUGAUUCCUGCAUUCGGAAGUAUACCUAUGCUCAUCGUCUACUUCGUAGAUUUUGGAGUCACACAGGUGGUAGUUCCGGUUCCACUUCAGCGCUAUCUCGGCAAUAGUGUCGAUCUUGGAUGGCUGUACUAUGCGUACAUGGCUGCAGUAGCCAUCUUUUGUCCAAACAGUAUCAAUAUGUUGGCCGGUAUCAAUGGUGUCGAGGUCUCACAAUCGUUAGUUAUCGCAUUUCUGCUGCUAGCUAACGAUGCAUUGUAUCUGGCACCGUUUACACCAUACCCGCACCCGGCAACAGAUUCGCAUUUAUUCUCGAUCUACUUCCUGCUACCAUUUGUCGGAGUGUCAUUGGCGCUUUUGUGCCAUAACUGGUACCCAUCGAAGGUCUUCGUUGGUGACACAUACUGUUAUUUCGCUGGUAUGGUGUUUGCUGUGGUCGGCAUCCUAGGCCAUUUCAGCAAGACUCUGCUCCUACUGUUCAUACCGCAGAUUUUUAACUUUCUGUACUCGACACCCCAGCUUUUCCGUAUCAUUCCGUGUCCGCGUCAUCGUCUACCCAAGUUCAAUGCCUCCACGGGGUUGUUGGAUGCAUCCGUGACUGAGUGGGUAGCGCCUCCGCAACCUCUCGUGGCUGCGGCCUUGGAGCUGUUGGAACGGCUGCGACUGGUACGGUUAACGAAGAAUAAAGAGGGGCGAAUCAUCGAGUCUACCAACCUGACUAUUCUCAAUCUAUGGCUGGUCUGGAUGGGCCCGAUGAGAGAAGACAAACUCGCAUGGCACAUGGUUGCCAUUCAGACAGCCUGCGGACUUCUUGGACUGUUCGUACGGCAUAAGCUCGCGUUGUUGGUGUUCAGACAGGAUAACAGAGGAUUCGUCUAGAUGUUUAAUACGAAAAAAAAAUACGUCUGUAUAUAGGCCAACAUGUUAACGAACGAUGUUUUGUCCUGGAUAUAUAGAUACAAAACGACCUAGUAAAUAGCCCCGGCGGCUUCCAACUGUCUCUGCUGCGACAGUGAGUUAGCCUGAACCCCGUAUACAUCAUUUUGUUAGGGUAACGAACUAAAGAG